CAGUGCCCGCGCCGGGGGCGGGGUCUGGGGCGGCGGGCCGCGCGCGUUGCCUGUGCGGCUGUUGCGAAGCGCCCGCGGAAACGUCGUCAGAGAGCUGUCACCUCAUAUUCAUCUGUAUUCACAAGAAGCGAAGGCCCUGAGCGCCACGUAACGCAACGGCUAGCGCCCGUCGUAAUCCGUCAAGCCGCGUUCCUUCGCCGGAGAGUUCGGCUCCCGCCCCGUCGUCGUCGUUGUCGUCGUCGUCGUGUCGGCCCCACAGCCAUGGCCCACAGGUACGGCGAUGGUUACGGACCUCCAGCUCCGCCGCCGGGUGACGGAUCCUACCCGGUGCCGACGGAUCCCACAGGCAACAUGGGUCCAUACUAUAACAACAUGUACCAGCUAGGUGGACCGAUGUCAACCAGCGAUCAAAUGAUGCAUCCACAUCUUGAUGAGCAAGUCAAGCGUGACAAAGCGGCCAUUCACUCGCAUCCGCUUUUUCCGCUGCUCACCGUGCUCUUCGAAAAAUGCGAAUUGGCUACUUCAACUCCACGUGAACAAAACCGAGAUGGCACAUCAACAAGCGAUGUUUGCUCGUCCAGCUCGUUCAAAGAAGAUCUUGCGGAAUUUGCGAAAACGGUGAAAAUGGAGAACACAUUUUAUGUGCCUAACAGGGAGCUCGAUAAUCUUAUGCUGCAGUCUAUCCAAAUGCUACGUUUUCAUUUGCUGGAACUUGAGAAGGUUCACGAGCUUUGCGACAACUUCUGUAACCGAUACGUGACGUGCUUGAAAGGGAAGAUGCCAAUGGAUAUAGUUGGCGACGAGCGAGCAUCUUCAUCGCAACCGCCAAUGUCGCCCGGUUCCACAGCCCAAUCUGCAAGCCCCAAUAUGGGCACCCCUAUGAGCCAUUUCCAACCGCCCUAUGAGCCGCAGUCAGUUCCGCUACCGGAGAACAACCGAACCAUGCAGAAUUCGAUGGAAGGUCCUUCGAUGGGCUACCCAAUACCUUCUCAGCCAAGCCACCCUUUAGCGAUGGGCGGGACGUCACCCACGGCGGCUGGGACGUCCCAAACCCUACCCAUGCAAGCCGUCAAUAGCCCCAGCAGCUCUACGUGUCUCCGAAAUGACGUCACACCACAAUCCGGUGACACUCCCGUUCAACAAGGGGCUAACAAUGGUAAUCCACCAAGUUUGGAUUCGAUCUCGGAAGCUGAGCUUUGUAUGUCUACGGCCGCUGGCAGUGGUGGCCUGAUGGAUGAAUGUCUCCAACACCAUGCUCCCGGUCUACUCAUGGACUGUACAGGCUACGCGGGUCCUUCGGGACAGCACCACGGCUACGAGAUGUACGGCGACGGUAGCGAGUACUGUCAGCAGCUGGUCGUCUACCCGCAGCACCCGUCGGAUCCCCCGCAGGCCGGUCGCGAGACCCCGCUGCGCGGCUCAAAGGCGAACUCCGGCCAGGCGAAGAAGCGCGGCAUCUUCCCGAAGCCGGCCACCAACAUUCUGCGUGCUUGGCUUUUCCAGCAUUUAACGGUAAUUCGCUCUCUUCGCUUUUACUCACGCUUUUGUAUUCUAAUUUUGCUGCACUCGACGCGCUCGGCUGCGAUUGACGUGGUUUUCAUUUAUGUUCUUUUUGUGUGCUGCACUUUUUGGUUUGCUAAAACUAAAUGUAUGAGUGGAGACGAGCUCUUGUCGUUGUGUGGCUCGAACGAAGAUGGUCGUGAAAGCGUGCUGAGCGACGGCCAGAACGGAUCCAUAAAUGGCCACAAGCGCAAAGUGCCGAAAGUCUUUUCGAAAGAAGCGAUCACAAAGUUCCGCGCUUGGUUGUUCCAAAACCUAACGCAUCCGUAUCCAUCAGAAGAGCAGAAGAAACAACUCGCCAACGACACGGGUCUCACCAUUUUGCAAGUCAAUAACUGGUUCAUCAAUGCUCGGCGACGAAUUGUUCAACCAAUGAUAGAUCAAAGUAAUCGCGCUGGAAGAGCGCCAGCAGUGAGUGUGUUCAAGAAUCGAAGGCGCAACAGAAGCGACCAGAGCCCUGGACCCAGCCCAGACCUCGGUGCGGGCUACUCCCCUGACGCCGCUGCUGCCGUUACCAUGCCUAUGGCCUACCCCGGAGCAGAUAUUUACAACAUGCAGCGGUCCAUGUUUCCAACGGCUCCUUACAGCGCCUUCCCGAAUCCAGCAAUGGCGAAUCCGUUCAUGCCCCAGAUGGGAAUGAUGGGCUUCCCAUCGGCGGGAGCCGCACCAUGGAUGGAUCCUAGCCUGUUAUCGUCGACGCAUGGUAUGGAGGGAUGAGGUCGUGCAAGUCAAUUCGGUAUGCCUUCGGAUUCACGUUGGGUUCGCAUCCCAACAACUCUGCCGCAGUUUGCAAAGAAGUCGGCCCCUGAUAGUCGGCCGCACAUCCCAAUUGUGUAGCUUAGCGAUGUCUUUCCAGUAAUUUCCUUUUUCUACGUAUUUUAUUACUAUUCGCUUCCACAAUGUGUAUUAUACGUGAGUGAUAUUGGCUCACCCUCUCAACGCGUCUGCUCAGUUCUCAUCGAUCUAAGGAAAUCGGUCUAUUCCAAUCGACGUUUGUUCUGUCCACGACAUUUUCUUCAUGACAUCUUCGUUCUAGUGUUCUUGCAUGUGUAUCCACGGUCUAGUUACUCGAGUUUCGUUUGUCGCUCUCCAUGGCACACCAUUUUUCCACACAGGGUCUAUUCUGCUUCUUCGUUUGUUGAUUGUGUGUGUGUUCCUCUUAUUCUUCACGUUUUCAUAGCUUCAUUGGGUUGUUCGCUUGUCCACGAAGCGGCGCACUCCUUCCAGCCCUGUCGCGCCCUUGUGGGACUUUUGAUGAUAGUGCAAGGUGUUAGUCGUUUCCUCGUUCUCAAUGCUGUAUUUCAUGGAAGUAAUGAGUUUCUGGAUUGUACUGGAAUGGCGUUCACAUGUUAUAUGGCAAAUCGUAAAGAUUCUAUAUGUACUCGUCAUUGCACAAACUAAAUUUGGAAGAGGCAAACAUUGCUCUGAAGAAUGAUAUCAAG